CGCUUUUAUUCUAGCCAGUUAGAAAAGUCCUGGUUUCCCACGAAGCGUGAGGAAGGUGGUCGAAUGAAUGGUUACGAGCACAAGGCCUCGGAAUCUGACAGAUAAAGCCAAAAACGAAACGAGCCAAGAGAUUCCUUGAGAAGAGAGAACCGAAACUUAGUGAAAAUGUUAAAAAUGCUAUGCUGAUUAAAGGGGGAAAUGCAAAUUUACUGGUGACACAAGUACUUAGAGAUGUGUAUGCAUUGAAAAAACCAUAUGGCGUUCUGUAUAAAAAGAAAAACAUUACAAGACCAUUUGAGGAUCAGACAUCAUUGGAAUUCUUUUCAAAGAAGUCAGAUUGCUCUUUAUUCAUGUUUGGCUCCCAUAAUAAGAAGCGGCCAAAUAAUCUAGUAAUAGGUCGUAUGUAUGACUUCCACGUGCUCGAUAUGAUCGAAUUAGGUAUUGAGAAGUUUGUCUCUCUAAAAGACAUCAAGAAUAGUAAAUGUCCUGAGGGAACAAAACCCAUGUUAAUAUUUGCUGGUGAUGAUUUUGAUGUAACAGAAGACUACAGAAGGCUAAAAAAUCUUCUUAUUGAUUUCUUCAGAGGCCCCACAGUAUCAAAUAUCCGCCUGGCUGGUUUAGAGUAUGUUCUGCACUUCACUGCACUGAAUGGGAAGAUUUACUUUCGAAGCUACAAGUUGCUGUUGAAGAAGUCUGGUUGUAAAACACCAAGGAUUGAAUUGGAAGAGAUGGGGCCCUCAUUGGAUCUGGUUCUGAGGAGGACACAUCUGGCGUCAGAUGAUCUUUACAGAUUAUCUAUGAAAAUGCCAAAAGCCCUCAAGCCAAAGAAGAAGAAAAAUGUCUCCCAUGACACUUUUGGCACAACUUACGGAAGGAUUCAUAUGCAGAAGCAAGACCUAAGCAAACUACAAACCAGGAAAAUGAAGGGGUUGAAGAAGCGACCUGCAGAAAGGAUAACAGAAGACCAGGAGAAAAAAUCAAAGAGAAUUAAAAAAAAUUGAUGGAACUAGCCAAUAA